UUUAGACGAUUUCUCUUCUUAGUUAUUAUUUCUCGGGCUGUAGAAAAGAGCCGCUCACAGGGCACAGAGGAGGCGACACAGUUGGCGUAUCGGUCACGUGACCAAAACAGCUCAUGGUCGGUCACGUGACUUUCUAAAAGCGGUACGCGCACCGACACAGGGUUUCGCUCUAUGAGCUCGACGCAUGCGCCGAUGCAUCGGUGAUGCCGGACCCAUCACUAAUGGACAUGAAAAAAUGGACAGAGCAUAAAUGUGGUGUGAGGUCGUCAGGACGAACAACAGAAAACGAAUGAACUUAAAUACUAUGGACAUAAUUAACAACAGGUGCGUGACUCAAAACAGGUGCGUGACAUGACAGGUGAAACUAAUGGGUAACUAUGGUGACAAGACAAGGGAGUGAAAAAGCCAGAAACUAAACAAAACAUGACUUCAAACAAAACAUGAUUACACAGACAUGACACAAGUAUGUGCUCCAAUCACUACAUCACAAAAACAUAGAAAUGAUUGUCAAGUCAUGACAUGAUGUUCUUUACAAGUCGACUGUAUGUACAUAUGUAUAUAUUUAAAAGUGUGUGUGUUUUCAGGGUGUCGUCAGAAGUGUCACAUGACUUUCAAGCCGCCCUUUUGCUCUUUGAAUUCUUGUUAUAGUCCAGCUGAUCUUUUAUUUCCUGCCAGUGGACUUGGCGUCCAAAGUACUUGACAGCGAUGGAUUCUCCAAGUCCCAGUGUGUCCCUGGAGGGCCCCCAGGCCUUGUCCUCUAUGGCCACCAUCACCUCCCAGACUCUGCCCAGCGACUCCACCUCUCCAGACUUCUGCACCAACCUGUGGGGUUACCACAACAACUUCUUGCCCGGAGUCCAAGGCGGUCCAUUCUGCUACCAGAACGAGGGAGCUCAGAUUGUGCCGAUCGCCAUGUCGACUACUCAACCAGGUGAUCUGACCGCCUCCCAGCUACAAUUCCCUAACUCCCUUUUCCCGCAGGGUGUGGUCCAGGGAAGUCUUCCCCGCAAACAAUCAGAACGCAGCUUGAUGAAGAACAGGGAGGCUGCCCGGGAAUACCGCCGACGCAGGAAGAUCUACGUGAGGGAGCUGGAGAGGCGAGCGGAGCAGCUGGAAGAUGAAAACAUGGCUUUGAAGGAAGAACUCAAAAUGUGUAAAUCGUGUCAACAGAAAGUGAAAUGA